AUGAGGAGGACAUACAAGCCACCAAGUAGAAGAAGCAAGAUCUAUAGAAGAAAAACACUGGAUCCCAAGUCACGGCUGGACAUCAGAAGGGAUGAAGAUGACCUUGAAAAUAUUGAUGAUUACUGGAAAACAGCAGAAUCAGUGCUUAGAGAUGACAGUGUUGCAGAGAUCGAGGAAACAGCCGUAUACAGGAGCGAGGACGAAUGCAAACAUAGCGAUACGCUUUUUGACAUUAAGGGCAUUCGCGAAAGACUUUCCAUAAAACAGUCGUGCGCUGACUUGUCUACUGUCGAUGCAGACACAUUCGAAUUGAGUAGCAUUGCAACAAACAGUGUUCUUGAGAAGAUGGAUCCGUCUGUUUUAUUUGAAAACAUAACAGCAGAUCACAAUGUCAUUGCAGAUGAUGGAUUUGAAAGCUUGUGCACCAUCAAGGCUGAGAAUAGCAAGUAUUUACAUGGAGGAUCUAUCUGCAAGCAUUCUAUAAGUGAUGAGGAUGAUUCUGCAAUAGAUGCACGCAUUAAGGCAAGAGCAGGCCCUGGAAUGAACUUGAUAGAUGCCAAGGUGGAAGAAAUUGCGGGGGAUAUGCAGAAUAAAAAUGCGAUGGAAUCACAACGAUGUAAAGUGGCCAGAUCAAUUAUUAGUCCUGAAGCAAUACGUGAAUGCACAGAAAAUAUAGAAUUUGCAUCGGAAUAUCCAGACUAUGCAAUCGCAAAUGCUCUUGGGAUUUACCAGGGAAAGAGCUCGUUUGAGCCGUUGAUCACAUCGUUGAGCAUAACAACAGGCAUUCUGUUUCUCAAAAGCCUUGCAUCGGUCAAUCCUGAGCAUGCAGCUUGUGGAUUUUCAAUGUUUGUCAUAAAAGGUGCAGUACAGGUUUGCGUUGACAACCAGAAACUUGUUUUGAAGAAAGGAGGAGUGUGCGUGAUUGAGAAAGACACAAGAUACUGUAUAAGCAAUCCAUUUGCAACACGGUGCACCAUUCUAUUAACACAUGCCUCAUCCUCGUGUAAGGAUGCACCCGAGUAA